AUGUCAGGCAAGAAAAAACAGUAUUCAAAGGAGAAGUUAAACGAGGCAGUUGAGGAAGUAAAGGCAGGAGCAAGCUUAAGAGAAACAGCAAAAAAAUUUGGCAUUCCCCACACCACUCUACAGGACUAUAAAAAAAACAAAUAUGUCCACAACCCUCAUCCUAAUUCGGCCCUGACACCUGGAGAGGAAGAGGUUCUCCUUUCCUUUAUAUUUUGGAUGGCAGACCAUGGCUUCCCAGUUACUAGAUCCCUUGUCAAAGCUCUGGCUGUUGGGAUUAUUAAAGAGAGUGGCAGAAGCGAGACCACCACCGUAAACCUGGAGAAGGGGCCAAGUGAUGUGUGGUGGUCCAGGUUUAAGGCCCGCCAUCCAGAAUUGGCCUCAAGGACGGCAGAUUCCCUGGACAGAGCCAGAGUCCAUGGUGCUACACCGGAGGCCAUUGAGGCAUUCUUCAGGCUGCACGAGGCCCUUUAUGAGAAGCAUAACCUGGAGUACAAGCCACAUCUCAUUUAUAAUUGCGAUGAGACUGGCUUUGGAGACAAGCCUCGGUCCAGGGAGAAGGUCCUGUGCCAGACUGGAAGGAAGCAUGUUUACCAACAGCAGCAGACAACCAGGGAGCACAUCACUGUCCACUGCUGUGUGAAUGCAGCCGGAGACAGCAUUCCACCCUUCAUAAUUUACCCCGGCUGCCUCCCAAGUAAUGCCUAUAGGCUGGAUGGGCCCCCCAAUGCCCUGUAUGUCAUCCAGGAGAAGGGAUACAUGGACUCCGAGCUCUUCCUGAAAUGGCUCCACCAUUUCAUUAGGUAUGCGCCUGAGGAGAGACCACUAAUUUUAAUCAUGGACCAACACGAGACACACGUAUCUAAAGAAGUAAUCAUGUUCUGCAGAGAAAAGAAUAUUGAAAUUCUCUGCCUACCUGCCCACACCACGCACAUACUACAGCCCCUUGAUAUUGCGGUCUUCAACCCACUGAAGACUGCUUUCUCCACCAUGGCUUCCAGGAUGGGUCUGGUGCGAGGGGACAUUGUUGUGGGGAAGAAGCAGUUUUCAGCUCUCCUCAAACAUGUCUAUCCCACUGCUGUCACAGCCCAAAACAUUAAGGCCGGGUUUCGCAAGGCUGGCAUUUUUCCUCUGUCAAGGGCUGCUGUGGACACAACCAAGGUGGUGAGAGUGCUCCCAUCUGUAGAUGGAAGUGAUGCCACACAAUCCAGCCCUGCCGCCACUCCCUCAAUCACACCAUCCAUCGCUCCUACCGUACCAUCCAUCGCUCCCACCACACCAUCCAUCACGUCACCUACUGACAUAUCAGUCAUAACUCAAACACCUUGCCCCACCUGUAAUAUUAAUAAAGUGGGUCACAAAAAUUACCUGGUGGCAGCAGGUGUAAUACCAGAGAGUCUGGCUAACGUCCUCAUGAGCCCAGCCCUGGAGAGGAAGGAGAAGGUGAGGCGUCGCAUUCCGCUGCCAGCCCGAGUCAUCACUAGCGAUGAGUAUUUUGACCUGCUGGUAGAGAAAGAAACCGAGGAGAAAGACAAGGAAGAAAAGAAGCGAAAGCGUAAGGAAGAGAUGGCAAAGAAGAAGGAGGAAAAAAAAACAAGCCCAGGAGGCCAAAAGGCAAAAAAAUCAGGCACCUCCUCCUACUGAAAAUGGAGAACACUGCGCUCUCUGUCGUAGAGUG